UAUUUAUAAUCCGUGUGGUAGUAUGAGUAUUUUUACUCUAGAAUGUAUUACGAUGCCAACAUAUCCGACUGCGUCGAGGCAGUCAGAAACCAGAACAAAUGUUGCCGCUAAGCGAGUUUGAACUUGUAAUUAAUAAAUCAAAUUAGUUUAAAAUACUGGAAAAGAAUGGAGUUAAUUACAUUUUUCUACUUGGUUUAUUACUACCUGAUGUUUAUCUUUAUUUUGUUCAUCAUUCCAGCUUCAUUUAAUAUAUCUCUUGGUUUUCGAAAUCUUUAUAUAAAUUCUCUUUUAAAAGUAUUUGAAUAUGGUAGAAAGAAACAAACGGCAAAAAAUAUUCUUAAUGAGGCUGCAAGUGGCAUUAUAGAUCAUGAGUCAGAUCAUGAGUUAGAAGCUCCUAAAAGUCCUGUACCAUCUAAUAUUUCAUAUGAAACAUUAAGCAGAAAUUUCCAACUUGCAGAUAUCUGUGAAUUUCUAAAAAGUGGAAUUGAGCAUAUUAUUGAAGAUGAGGUUACAAAAAGAUUUGAUGCAGCAGAGUUGCCAUCAUGGAAUCUUUUAAGUCGUACAAAUAUAAAUUACACAUCUGUACAAUUUAUAAGCUUUCGUCUUACAAUGAUAUGGGUUUUGGGUUUUUUAGUUAGGUACUUAAUCUUUUUACCAGUGAGAGUAACUAUUUUGACUAUUGGUCUUGGUUUUUUAUUAGCGUCAAUGUCAAUUCUUCCUCUUAUACCCAAUGUAAAUCUUCGGUUUUGGCUGUGUAAAUGGGUCACACUUUUAUCAUUUCGUAUCAUUUCUAGAGGACUUUCAAUUGUGGUCAACUUUCAUAAUAGGGAAAAUAUGGCAAAAGGAGGUGGAAUUUGUGUUGCUAAUCAUACAUCUCCGAUAGAUGCUUUUAUACUUGGUUGUGACAGAAAUUAUGCAUUAAUAGGUCAAAUGCAAUCUGGAAUUAUGGGUACAGUUCAAAAAUCUUUACUAAAGGCACAAGAUCAUAUAUUCUUCGAGCGCAGCGAGUUAAAAGAUAGACUUUUAGUUGUAAAUAGAAUGCGAGAACAUGUUGAAGACUCUCGAAAGAACCCUAUUCUUAUAUUUCCUGAAGGAACUUGCAUUAACAACACAUCUGUUAUGAUGUUUAAGAAAGGUAGUUUUGAAGUUGGCGGUGUUAUUUAUCCAGUUGCAAUUAAAUAUGAUGCAAUUUUUGGUAAUCCUUUCUGGAACUCAGCAAAAGAAUCUAUGUUACUGUAUAUAGUAAAUAUGGUGACAAGUUGGGCAAUUGUAUGUGAUGUUUGGUAUUUACCAGCAGCAGAAAAACUUCCUGGAGAAGAUGCUGUUCAAUUUGCUAACCGUGUUAAAAAAGAUAUAGCUCGUCAGGGUGGAUUGGUGGACAUGUCAUGGGAUGGAGGUUUGAAAAGAGAAGCAGUUCCUCCAAAAUUUUUACAAGAACAGCAAAAAAUAUUAGCAAAUAAAAUUAAUUGAAUUUUAUCUCAUUGCAGGCGUGUACAUAUUCAGUACUGUUUCAAGAAUCGACAUUUUACUAAUGGUUAUAAUGAUAAUUGAUUUUCUUAAAAAUAUAAAUUUUUAUGCAUAAUUUGUACAAUAAUUAUAUUCUUUCUUUUAUUGAAAAUUUGUUUUUCCAUACAAAACACGAGAUGUUUUGGUGAUAUACCUAAAAUAUAUGAGCAUAUUAAAAUAAACGAUUCAAUAGUAAAUAUAUAUUUCAGA